AUGGCAGACGACAGAAAUAUCUACGAUGAAGUCGAAAUAGAGGUACGCGCCUGAUUGACGAGGACCCGAACCCACAAUUCCAUCCCGAAGACCCCUCAUUAACAGUUCCGUGCAGGACAUGACCUACGACCCUCAACUCCAAAUCUACCACUACCCCUGCCCUUGCGGCGAUCGCUUCGAGAUCAACAUCGAGGACCUCCGUGAUGGAGAAGAAGUCGCUGUCUGCCCGAGUUGUUCGCUACAAAUACGAGUAAUCUUCGAUCCAGAAGAUUUGCCUGCGCCGGAGGAUGUGGCUCCACCGCAGAUGGAGACUGUUACAGAGCAGAAGGUUGUCGCUGUUGCUUGA